AUGUCAAAUCAAUAGCAACUGAAGGAAGAGUUACAGUUGUGCAGAUCUUAAUUAAGCAAAUUAAGUGUGGAGAGAGAUUAGGUAUUGAUCAUAUUGUCUAAAUAGACAGUGUUUGAACUAAAUAAAGUGAUUAGAUUAGUCGAGAGAUUGCAGAUUAAAAUAACAGAGAAGGAUGCCGAGAUAUCAAUGUUACAUACUUAAUUGGAUGAGUAAGAAAAGUAUCAUUAAUAAUAAUUGGAAUAAGUCAAGUAAGUAAUCUGUCAGAUUAAAUAAAAGAUAGCAUUAUGAGUAUUUGAAGGAAAGUGCAAUUGUUAGACUCAAGUCUGAGAUGAAUUUUGAUUCCGAGAUCAUGACCAAGGAAAUUCAGGAGACUAAGCAGUUGUACUAGGAAAUCUUGGUAAUGGAAGCCAGGCGGAAGUCCUCCUGUUCGUAGGAGGAGACUCAUUGUCAAUCCAUGUAUGAUUACUAGAAACUCUUUACUGAGAAAUAAGAAUUAUAGCAAUUGGUUGAUAAGCUAUAGAGAAUGAAGGAUAGUUAGUAAUGUGAUCAAUCUGAUGAGCUCAUCUAGGAGAUACAAUAUUUACGUGAAUAACUGUAGAAAUUGUACAACUUUAUGUUUAUAUCUAGAACCAUUGAAUUAGAAACUGCCAAAUAGACCAUAAAUGUUCUCCAAGUUCAAAUUCUUUAACACUAAGAUUUAUUGAAGGAAUACUACUCUAACGACUUUCAGGGGUGA